AUGGCGAAUAAGAUAGAAAAGACGCUGCAGCGACAACGGGAAAAAAUCGCAGAAGGUCAAUACUACGAAGCCCACCAACAACUCCGCGUCGUCGCCUCGCGCUACACGAAAGCCCAAGACUGGUCUAACGCAACUGCUAUUCUCUACGAAGGCGCGCAAUCCCUCCUGCAAGCCGGCCAAGGUGGUUCUGGCGGCGACCUCUGCGUAUUCCUUCUCGAUGUCUACAGCAAGGGCGAGAUCAAACCGGAUGCGAGUAGCAAGGGAAAGCUCUUGAGUCUGCUACGCGCAUUCCCCAAGGAUGAGCCGACCAAGAAGAAAUUUGUCGGGGAAAUGAUAGCAUGGAGUAGCAAGUUUGGAGAGUUUCCGGCCGGCGACCCAGAACUACAUCAUGUGGCUGGCACUCUGUUUGCAGAAGGCAAGUUUUUUGUUCCACAUACCCACCUCGAACCUUACGACGCAGAACGCCACCUCCUCCUCGGCACCCAAGACUCUCCCGACACCCUCUCCUCAUUAGAGUACGCCUGGUACGAAGCCGACGACUCACACACCGCACCCCUCUACUGCGCCCGCGGCGUCCUCCCUUACCUACUCACCGGCAACCUACGUGCCGCAAACAAAUUCUUCCUCCUCUUCACCUCCCAACUCGCCAAGAAGCCCAAUCUCAACACGCAAAACGUAUCCACAAAUUCCACCGAACUGCGCGUGUAUCCUUCCCUACCGCUGCUGAAUUUCUUGGGCCUUUUGCUGUUGAGUGUGGAGAGGGGCGAUCCCAGUCUGUAUAGGCAGUUGAAGAGCCAUUAUGUGCAGAAUCUCAAGGAUGUGAAUUGGAACGAGGCGUUGGAUCAGAUUGGCGAAGUGUACUUUGGCAUCAGGAUACCCAAGCAGGGGAACCCCAUGUUCGAUAUGCUGGGCAGCAUGUUUGGUGGUGGUAUGGGUGGAGGUGCUGGUGCUAGUACUGGUGCUGGUGGAGCAAAGAAGAGCAUAGGUGGGCGGGCACCUCCUGCUUCAGGGCUGGAUUGA